AUGACGAAGAUCCACGGAACAAACGACCCCGCAUUCGACCCAGUGCGGGCGCUUCUGCGGGAACGAGUCUCUUCAGGAGACGAACUAGGCGCGUCGCUGUGCGUCAACAUCGAUGGAAAGAAUGUCAUUGACUUGUGGGGGGGCCACGCCGAUGUGGCCAAGACUCAACCCUGGGAAAAAGACACCAUAACAGCUGUCUGGUCCUGCUCCAAGAUCGUCACCAACCUAGCAGCUAUGCUCCUGGUCGAUCGUGGCCUACUCGACGUGAACGAAAAAGUCGCGACAUACUGGCCCGAAUUUGCAGCUAAUGGAAAAGAGAACAUCAAAGUCUCCCAUAUCUUGAGCCACUCGUCUGGUCUUCCCGCCUGGGAGUUCCCCGUCACAUUCGAAGAACUCUGUGAUAACAAGGCGGCUACCGAGAGGAUUACCAAACAAGCCCCCUGGUGGACCCCUGGUUCGAGCAGCGGCUACCACCUUGCUAAUCAAGGCCAUAUGGUUGGUGAGAUUAUCCGCCGAAUCAGUGGGAAGUCCCUGGAACAGUUUGUCGCGGACGAGAUCGCCUGUCCGUUGGAUGCCGACUUUCAGUAUGGAGUUCCGGAGGAUCAGUGGUAUCGCACGGCGGAAAUCAUCCCAUCUACGUCUCCGCCUAUUGAGAACCUUGAUCCCACUGGCAUUCCAGUUCGAGCGAUUAUGGGAUCCCCGUUUCCCGCGGAGGUUUCAAUGACGCCUGCGUUCAGGAAGACUGUGGUCGGUGCCACCAAUGGAUUCAGCAAUGCGCGUGCACUGGCCCGUAUCGGUUCAAUUGUGUCUCUCAGUGGCACUGUUGAUGAACAUCGCAUCGUGGAUCGUACUACGAUCGACAAAUUCCUCGAAGAGCAGGUUGCAGGGUACGAUCUUGUCCUUGGUCAAUAUAUUCGCUUCGCUCUCGGGGUGAGUUUGGCGGAUUAUCGCACUCGUGCUUGGAUUCCAGAGGGGAACGUCGCUGUGUGGACCGGCUGGGGAGGGUCGAUUUUGAUCGUGAGUUGUUUCUCGUUUCCUACCUUGCUGAUAUGGUUCCCGCUGACUUUGACCACCGUGAAGAUGGAUCUCGAUCGACGGAUGACGAUCGGGUAUGCGAUGAAUAACAUGUGCGAAAACGGAACUAUGGGAAAUCCGAAUACUGAGGCAUACGUCAGAGCGAUUUAUGAGAUUUCAAAGAAUCUGUCUGUCUCAUAG